UAAUCAAGACAAUUCCAACUUCCAAACACAAAACCCUUUGAUAGUGUAAAACCCAACUAUAGGUUUGAUUCUCAUCGUGUCUAAACUUAUCCCCUCUCCUCCAAAAUGGACCCCUUUACCUUAAAAACAGAAAAAGGAAAAAACAUAGGUACCACUACUAGUAGUUUCUUUAGAUACACAUACACCCAAAAAAAAGAAAAAAGGAAAAAGAAAAAGGUUAAUAGUUACCUCUAUCUAUGUGGUGCUCUCGAAAAGACUUGGUGACGCAAUGGCUGAUUUUGGUUGUUUGAGCACAACAUGCAAUAAAUACUUUCGACUAUAUUUUUUCCUUCAACUUCUCACCACAAAAAUGAUAAUACAAAUUAAAAAAUAAUACACGUACUAAUGCAAUACUCGUACAACUUAACAAUUGCUAUAUCGCCUAUAUAAGAAUAAAGUUAGCGAGGUUUAUUUCGGUUGCCACAUAAAUUAUCUACCACACAUAUAACACGUUUGUACGACGAGUAUUACGACUUAGCUGCUCAUACUUCGUUCUUGUUGGGAACGAGUAUUACAACUUAGCUGCUCAUACUUCGUUCUUGUUGUGAUUACCAGUAACUAAACUUCGAAUUUCCAAUCUCAUGGGAGAGGAAAAGAAAGACAUUGUUGUCGGAGGAGAAGGUCGGGUUGAAGAGAAGAAGGAAAAGGGGAGUACCGACAAAGCCAAGAAUAAUGAUAAUAAUGAUGAUAACAAUGAGAUUAUUGUAAUUAAAGUUGACAUGCAUUGUCAAUGCGAGGCUUGUGCCAAGAAAAUUUCUAGAGCUCUUAAAGGUUAUCUAGGGGUGGAAGACGUAGCAGUGGACAGGAAGACGAACACGGUAAUGGUAAAAGGGAAGACAGCUGAACCGUUGAAGUUAUGUGACCGAAUUCGCCACAAAACUGGCCGAAACGCUCAAUUACUUUCUCCCUUGCCUAAGCCUCCUCAGGAAGAGAAGAAACCAAAAGAAGAAGAGAACAAGGACCAAAAGGAUGAACCUGCGAAAAAGGAUCAACCACCUCCCGUAGUAACAGUGGUGCUAGGAGUUCAUAUGCAUUGUGAAGCCUGUGCGCAGCUCCUACAUAAGCGCAUUCGAAAGAUUAAAGGGGUAGAGUCCGUAGAAACAGAUGUAGGCAAGAGUCAAGUGAUUGUGAAGGGUGUGAUAGGAGAUCCAGAAGCAUUGGCUAAGUACGUGCAAAAGAAGACAAGGAAGCAAGUGUCCAUUAUCAAGGCUGGUAAUGAACAAGAUAAUAAGCAAGACACGACAACGACGACCAAGGCAAGUAGUAAUGAACAAGAGAACAGCAAGAAAGAUGAUGGUAAUAAGGAAAAUAAGGAGGUCAAUAAUAAUAUUGAUAACACAAUAAUUGAUCAAGAUGUUAAGAUGAUGAUGAUGAAUAAUAUGAUGAACAGUUCGAAUGAUUAUUAUUGGCCAUCAGCAAGGUAUGACUACAUGAUAGAUUAUUAUAAUAAUGAUCAUCAUUAUAAUCAUAAUUAUCAGCCUCCUCAAGUGUUUAGUGAUGAAAACCCUAAUGCUUGCUCUAUUAUGUAAUGUAAACCCUCUACCUAUAUAAUAGCUAGCUAUAAAUUUUGUAUAAAUAAUCUAUACUUUUAUUAUUGCUUUGAAUAUUAUUAUGUAAUGUUCUUCGUAUUAUAUAUGAUUAAUGAUUUUGUGUAAUAAUUAUGUUAUAAUGUAUUUUAUCAACUUGA